AGGUGUUGUCGAAGCUGCGAGAGCGGGAGCAGGGCCACACCCAGCAGCGCGGCUGCACGUGGCACCAGGAGUACGGCAGCUGGAUGGUCGAAGCGACCCCGUCCGUCCCCUACGGAGGCUACACCAGCAGCCUGCUCGAGGUGGAGCAGAACAUGCGACUGCGGCGCUCGCGGCUGCUGUCCGUGCUGGAGGCGGACGAGAUCGCGCCCACCAUGACCGUCUUCCCGCUGAUGGGAUGCGGCGAUUUCGUGUCCCCGGCGCGUCGCCGCCGGGCGGACCCGCCUCCGAGUCCGCGACGGUGCCAGACGCGUGCAUCAACAAGCACCCACGAUUUCCGACGCUCACGGCGAACAUCAGGUCUCGCCGCGGUGGUAAGGUGGACAUCCGGGUUCCCACCUACAGGGACGAGGCCACCACGGAGGACUUCGCCACGGGGGACUGCAUGGCGUUCGGCAUGGGCUGCUGCUGCCUCCAGGUGACGUUCCAGGCCGCCGACGUGACGGAGUCGCGCUACCUCUACGACCAGAUGGCCGUGAUCGCGCCGAUCAUGAUGGCGCUCACGGCGGCGACGCCGAUCUUCGCGGGGCGCCUCUGCGCGACCGACGUGCGGUGGGACAUCAUCUCCGCGUCCGUGGACGACCGCACGCCCGCCGAGCGCGGCGCGCCGGACCCGGGCGGCGAGGCGGACCCGGCGAUGGUGGCGGGCGGCAGGCGGCCCCUCAGCAAGAGCAGGUACGACUCCGUGUCGUGCUACAUCUCCGACUAUCCGGAGGACCUGGACGAGAUGUGCCACGACAUCCCCUGCGAGGUCGACGAGGAGUUGCAUGGCCAGCUCGCGGCGGAGGGCAUCUCGGCGCCCAUUGCCAGGCAUGUGGCGCACCUCUUCACGCGAGACCCAUUGGUGGCGUUCGAGGGCGCCGUGGCAGAGGUGGACGACGAGUCCUCCACGGAGCAUUUCGAGAGCAUAAACUCCACGAAUUGGCAGUCCAUGCGCUGGAAGCCGCCCCCCCCGCCCUCCGACAGCUCUCCGCACAUCGGCUGGAGGACAGAGUUCCGUCCGAUGGAGGUGCAGCUGACAGACUUUGAGAACGCGGCCUUCACCGCUGUCACCGUGCUCCUGUCGCGGGUGCUGCUGGUGUUCAACCUCGACGUGCUGAUCCCGCUCUCGAAGGUGGACGAGAACAUGAAGCGUGCGCACCAAAUGGGUGCCGUGCGCACACAGAAGUUCUGGUUCAGGAAGCACGUUCUUCCAUACGGCGACUGUGGCGGGUGCGAGUCGAUUGAACGGCCCCAAGGCGACGAUAGUGAAGAGAUGACAAUGGACGAGAUCAUGAACGGAAAGGGGGACUAUUUCCCGGGUCUGAUCCAGUUGUGCUAUGCUUACCUGGAGCACAUUGCCUGCGACGCGACCUCGUUUGCACGCAUCCACCAGUACCUCUCAUUGGUAAGGAGACGAGCUUGCGGAGAGCUGCUCACUCCUGCGGCGUGGAUGCGGCAGUUUGUGCUUAAACACGCGGAGUACAAGAAAGACUCGGUGAUUUCUCCUGGGAUUGCUGUGGAUCUCAUGACUACGUGCGACGAGAUCGGGCGCGGCGUACGCCCAUGCCCAGAACUUCACGGCGAUGUGGCCAUCGACCCCGUCAUCAAGGAGGGCCUGUACCUCACGAAGCUCACCAGCGAGUCCAGCGCAGCCGCGCGCUGCAACCUGCUGAGGAAGCUGCGUGCGCGGGCCUGCAUGGAGGACGGCCCCUUCUCGCCGCCGUCCGCCCCGCUGGUCCGCCGGGUCAGCGACCCGAGGCUGCCCAGCCGGCAGGUCAGCCCCGCCUCCGACCGGCAGGUCAGCCCCGCCUCCGACCAGCAGGUCGAGAUGAGGACGAACGUGCCACUGUGAGACCGAGGGGGGAGACGGCCUCGCGCGGCGUGCAGUGGUCGUGUUACCUCGUCCGCACGCGUGCCCCGUCAGACGUGAGAUGACGUUCGCGCGGCGAUGUGCCGACGUAGGCGCGACGUCACUCCGACGUGAACCCGACGUAGAUGGGGUCUCAAGAUGCUGCGCGAGGCCGCCAGGAUUUUCCUUAUCAGGCGGAGUGUUUCAUUGAACUCCUCACUCGACAGGUUGACCCUCCAUGGCCGCCAGGCCGCAAGGGUGCCGGUGCUCCCUGGGUAUCCCGCCGCGCUUUGUCGGGUGGGCAUAGUUCGGAACAACAUGUAAUUU